GGCAUACGUAGGCCUGGUGGGUUCUGCCUCUACAUCUUUCUUAUCAUAACCUAUUUGUUUUGGAGGUUAGGCCUUCGGAAUACUGCUGUCAUCAACCAGGGCUAUUAGUGCUGCCACUGACCAUUUCAUAAUUUUUAUCUUGCACUAAGUAUCGUCUCACGCAAACCAACUUUGUUUGCCCUUACUGUGGAUAUCCUAGGCUUUCCCAACUAGGCGUGAGUAAAGCGUCCUGGCAAAGAUCAACCGUUUUGACACUACUAAAUAGCUACUACUGCGAAUGAAUCCGGACGAAGCUUUGGCUAGAAUGCUGCAGGCCGAGGAGCUCCAGGCGGCCAUGACAGGUCAGCUGCGCAUCCAGCAGCAGGAGCAGCAACAACAGCUCCGGCACAUCCAGGCAAACGUAGAUGCCUUCAAGGCCCGCCUGCACGCCAUGCUGGAGACGGCGCUUCGGUGUGAGGACCCAGCGCUCCAAGCCCAGGCGCGAGCCGUCAUGCCGCUGGAGCGACUGCGCGCCGCCGCCGACCAAACGGCCGCACUGGCGAGCCGACUGGAACGACCGACGUACGACGCGUCAGCCGCCUCCGCCGCCGGCUCCUCUUCCUCGCCCGCCGCUGCUGGUGCUGAUGCUGCAGCCAGGCUACAGCAAUCGCAGCAGCAACAGCCUGCCCGGGAGGACCAACUGGCACGGGAGUUGCUCGCCUGGUUUAAAACCGAGUUCUUCACCUGGGUCGACACAUUGCCCUGCACCGCCUGCGGUAGCUCCUCCACGCGACCCGUGGGUCUCGCCUCGCCGCCGCUGCUUCCCGCCGAGCGAUCCGGCCUGGCAACCCGAGUGGAGCUGCAUGGGUGUCCGGGUUGCGGCGCCGUACAGCGCUUCCCGCGGUUCAACCACCCCGGGCGGUUGCUGGAGGCGGGAUGCCGGCGGGGGCGGUGUGGCGAGUGGGCCAACGCCUUCCUGCUGUGCUGCCGGGCUGCGGGCCUGACUGCCCGCUACGUGAGUGACUGGUCUGACCACGUGUGGACUGAGUACUACAGCCACCGAUUGCGCAGGUGGGUCCACCUGGACGCCUGUGAGGCCAGCUACGACCAACCGCUGCUGUACGAGGGCGGUUGGGGCAAACAGGUGUCGUACGUGGUGGCGGCGGGAGCGACGGGGGUUGCUGACGUCUCGCAGCGAUACACGGCACGGUGGGCUGAGGUGGUUGGCCGCCGUACGCUGGUUCCAGAGCGGUGGUUGGAACGGCAGUUGGACGAGAUGACGUCAGCGCGGCGAGUGGGCUGGUCGGCGCCACGUCGGCUGGUGUGGCUGGGACGCGACGCGGAGGAGCGCGUGGAGUUGGCGCGGCUGCGGGCGGGUCAGCGACCCGUGGGUCAGCAGCCGCAGCAGGCGCUGCCGGGGCGCCAGACGGGCUCACUGGCCUGGCGGCAGGAGCGCGGAGAGACGGGUACUGCCGCCGCCCCUGCUGCCCCCAGCAGCCGCCCCCGAGCCCCUCUGUCGUACCGCCUCGCCCCUGACGGCCCCGACCGGCUGCCCCACGUGUUCGCCGCCGCGGGGAGGCUGUACGGCGGUGCAUGUACGGCAGCGGGGCACAACGAGACGCAGGAGGUGGUGGAGAAGCUGUUUGACGGUCGCGUGUCCACCAAGUGGCUUGACUUCGGUGGCGGCGGUGCGGGUGGCUGCUCGUGGGUGGAGUACCGCAUACCCCUCGACAUGCCGCCCGUGUGUCUGAGCAGCUACGAGCUUGUGUCGGCAAACGACUGCCCCGAGCGUGACCCCGCCGACUGGCGACUGGAGGGCGUCACGGAGGCGGACUUCGCCGCGGGUCGCACCAGCAGCUGGACGCUGCUGGACUGCCGCAGCGGUGUGCGCUUCCCGGCUCGCCAGGCGGCCCUGGCGUUCGCAUGCCGCACGAUGCGGGGUGCAGGGGAGGGGGAGG